AUGAUCCCUACCUUAUUGACCGCAACUUCUGUAUUUAUUAUUGCCUUCAUUGUUGCUCCUCCAGUGGAUAUUGAUGGUAUUCGUGAACCUGAUUCUGGAUCUCUACUUUAUGGAAACAAUAUUAUUUCAGGUGCCAUUAUUCCUACUUCUGCAGCUAUAGGUUUGCAUUUUUGCCCAAUAUGGGAAGCAGCAUCCGUUGAUGAAUGGUUAUACAAUGGUGGUCCUUAUGAACUAAUUGUUCUACACUUCUUACUUGGUGUAGCAUGUUACAUGGGUCAUGAGUGGGAGCUUAAUUUCCGUCUGGGUAUGCGACCUUGGAUUGCUGUUGCAUAUUUAGCUCUUGUUGCAGCUGCGACUGCUAUUUUCUUGAUCUAA